AUGGAUCGCGAAGGUAGUGAUCAUAAGGAAGAAGUCAUAGAACCAGUUAAAAUAAUUUCUGUGGAAGAGAUGAUUGAGAAGAGUAUUGGACAGUUAAAUUCUACUCAAAUCAUGCAAACUAUCCUCACAUCUAUCUCACCGUUGUUUGAUAGCUUCCAAACAUUCAUGAGUAUAUUCGCUCAUGCUACACCAACAUGGCAUUGCACCACUGCAUUUUCCUCAGCAUUUGCACCUAAUAUCUGGGUCUACUCUGUGUUGCGCUUCAUAUGCGGGGUUGGUCGUGCACCUCUUGCUGUAUGUUCGGCAAUUUUGCUGACCGAGAGGGUUGCAAAACAGUGGCGAUCACAUGCACUAAUGAUAGGAUUCAUCACCUCCUCACUCGGUAUAUUAGCCUUGACUGGAAUUAGUUAUUUAGCUAAGGAAAGUUCGUGGCGAACCCUGUACUUAUAUACGUCUGUUCCCACAUUUAUAUUCUCCGUAUUGGCUUACUUCUUUAUGUAUGAAUCACCCAGAUGGCUACUUCUCCAAGGGCGUGAACAAGAUGCCAUGGACGUUUUGAUGAGUCUAGGCCGAUCUAGAACAGGUCAAAUUAGUCUAAGUUCUCCUCUUAUAAUAAAGCACACAAAACAAAAGGUACCUAAUAGGAAAAGUAAUGCUAAUCCCUUUGCAUCCUUGCACAUUUUGAUCAGCAAAAAAUGGGCUGUCAAACGCUUAGUAGCAUCUAUGUUGCUAUCUUUUGGCAUCGGUCUCAUGUACUUUGGAAUGUUCUUAGGUGUUGGAGAUUUAGGAUCUGAUAUCUACUUGACCUCAGUUUUACAUGCUUUGUUAGCUCUCAUCUCUUAUUUGGUGGCUUUCCUCUUUUGGAUUCCAAAGUGCAAUCGUCGAGUUUCCUUGCUUGGAUAUUGUACACUUAGUGGCGCAACAAGCAUUGUGUUAGCUAUCACAGGCAAGGGCAAAAUUGAAGGUAUACUUCUUGGGAUGGAGCUUGUAUCUAUGUUUUGUGCUUGCAUGGCAUAUAAUAUAUCUACUAUGUAUGUGGUGGAGCUCUUUCCUACUUGUGUCCGAAGUUCAUCUUCAUCCUUGGUGAGGCAAGCAAUGAUCUUCGGCUCGGUUUUGGAUCCAUUGUUGGUCUUGCUAGGGAGGGGAAACUUGCUAUACUCUUAUGGGGUAUUCAUUUCUUGUAAUAAUAAAAUCAGUUAG